GAAGCAUAUAUAUGUGCCUCAUCAAAACUAGCUUGUACUGAAAAGUGUCUGUACAGUGAACAGCAGUAACCGUCUUAGCCUAGCAUAGCAUCCGUUGAGUUGGCCAGUAACACAAGGACCUGAAAAUGAUAUGAAAGUGUGGAUAUGACAUUAAUAUGGUGUACUUCGGAUGACCAGCGUUAAAGAAGAAGUUUUUAAUUUGAAAAAGAAAGAAAGAAAUGCUCAGCGGUGGUAUACCAGUGCGUUUGUGUUAGCCUGCUAACGCUAGCUAAGUAGCAGCCUGGCUAACAGGAAUACAGGACCGGCUAGUCAGCGACCGACAUAACGCAGCAAAGUAUAGAUUUGUGUAAAUUUGAAGCAAUGGAGGGUGACUCAGAAGCAGCCACCGAGCGAAUUCUGCUGGAGCCGUACAAGUACUUGUUGCAACUGCCAGGAAAGCAGGUGAGGAAAAAACUCGCCCAGGCAUUUAACCACUGGCUCAAUGUUCCAGAGGACAAACUGCAGGUGAUCAUCGAGGUGACUGAGAUGCUGCACAAUGCCAGCUUGCUCAUAGAUGACAUUGAGGACAGCUCCAAGUUGCGGCGAGGCUUCCCUGUGGCCCACAGCAUCUACGGUAUUCCCUCUGUUAUCAACUCAGCCAACUACGUCUAUUUCUUGGGGUUAGAGAAGGUGCUGACCCUAGAGCACCCUGAGGCUGUCCAGGUUUUUACCCGGCAGCUGCUGGAGCUGCACCGUGGCCAGGGCAUGGACAUCCACUGGAGGGACAGCUACACCUGUCCCACUGAGCAGGAGUACCGCAACAUGGUGCUGCAGAAAACCGGAGGGCUCUUUGGCUUGGCUGUGGGUCUGAUGCAGCUCUUCUCCGAUUGGAAACAGGACCUGAAACCCCUUCUGGACACGCUGGGUCUCUUCUUCCAGAUCCGUGACGACUACUGCAACCUGCAUUCCCUUGAGUACAGUGAGAACAAAAGCUUCUGCGAGGACCUUACUGAGGGCAAGUUCUCUUUCAUCACCAUUCAUGCCAUAUGGGUGCGUCCGGAGAGCACCCAGGUGCAGAACAUCCUGAGGCAGCGCACGGAGAACAUAGACAUCAAACGAUACUGUGUGGACUACUUGGAGAAAGUUGGCUCCUUUGCCUACACCCGCCAGACUCUGCGUGACCUGGAGAAAGAUGCCUACCAUCUCAUCGCGAACUUGGGGGGAAACCCUCAACUGGAGAACCUGAUCAAACACCUCAGCGAAAUGCAUAAAAAGGCUGAAGCCACGGCAGAGUCCAGUACUGCGCCACACUCCAGCCAAAACCACUGACCUCAUCCACCCGCACACUCGCCCUGCACACUCUUACUAACACAGAAGCUUUGCUAAUAAUACUGAUGCAGACGUACACAUUUCUCAAAAAGGACAACACACAAACCGUAUGUUACAAUCACAAACCACUUUAAUGAGGCACAAUUCAUCAUUAAACAUGAAUACUUGAAUUCUGGUAGACAGCUUUGACUGCAUUUAGCAGCUGUGAUACAGCAAAGCAGCCCCAAAUGUCGCCUUUAUCUUUUGUGUGCUAGAUGGCUUUCUUCAAGUGUUGCUUAAACAAAGUACACAUUACCAAUUUUUGUAUCCCGGUGUAUCUGUGCAGUCAGUGGAAGAAAUGAAUUAAAAUAGAAAGUGGAAAAUGGAAAAUUGUUCUGGUUUUAGGUUUGCUUUUCUGAAAAUGAAAAAAUAACAAGAUGGCAAAAAAAAGCUUAAAAGCCUUCCUUUUGAUGUGUGAUACGGUGCAUAUAAAUGUAUUUUUUUAUGUUUUGCUACCACAUUGAAAUGUAUUAUUUUAUCUAGGGCCGUGUGAAAGCUGGAUGUUAUUCCUGAAGUCCCUAUUUAAAAUAAGAUGUGGAUGUCUGUCUCGAGUGUGUGAUUAAUCAUUAAGCUGCCAGAGUGCCAAUCCUACAGAAAAGACCUCUGCAACUCACUUGUCCACUUGUUAUGUAACAUGCUGGUAUUAUAUGCAAAGUAGCGCUCACGUUGUUUAUGCUCGGCUGUAUAUGAAUACUGUGUUGAUGCUUUGGUUUGUUGCAGACAGUGUUUCCAUCUGGUUCAGAAUCAGCACAGCUCGUCACGUCUGUAAUAUUUUAUUUGGCUGACUCAGUUUUGAUAUUUGGAGGUAGACACUGUGCUGCACUUAUGAACUCAUUUGGAUUUAUCGAAUAAAAAAACCUUUAAGGAUAA